UCUGGGCUCUGAGCCUGGUGGCAGCCUGGCCCCCACCUCACCUCCUCUUCUCCUUCCUCUGCCCAACAGCAGAAGACGCCACAAUGAGGCUCUACAGCCUAAGUGUCCUUUAUAAAGGCGACCCCAAAGUGCAUUUACUGAAAGCUGCUUAUGACGUGUCCACCUUCAACUUCUUCCAGAGAGCCAGUGUGCAGGAAUUCAUGACCUUCACGAGCCAGCUGAUCGUGGAGCGCUCGGGGCUGGGCAGCAGAGCCUCCGUCAAGGAGCAAGAGUACCUCUGUCACGUGUAUGUGCGGAACGACGGGCUGGCUGGAGUGGUGAUUGCAGAUAACGAGUAUCCACAGCGGGUUUGCUUCACCUUGCUGGACAAGGUGCUGGAUGAAUUCUCCAGACAGGUCAGCAAAAUAGACUGGCCUUCGGGCUCCCCAGCGACAAUCAGCUACGCGGCCUUGGACGGGUACCUCAGUAAAUACCAGAAUCCCCGCGAUGCCGACCCCAUGACCAGAGUGCAGGCAGAGCUGGACGAGACCAAAAUCAUC